AUGGACGAGACAAUCAAGAUUUGCAUUCAGGAGAUCAAUCCACAUGUUGUCUGCUCUCUUUGUGGAGGCUAUUUCAUCGAUGCUACAACUAUUACAGAAUGUCUACAUACAUUUUGCAAGAGCUGCAUUGUGAAGUACCUGAUGAGUUGCAAGCACUGCCCACAGUGUCAGCUAAAAGUUCAUGAAACACACCCCUUGUUUCUAUUAAGGCCAGACAGGACAUUACAGGACAUUGUCUACAAACUCAUUCCCAACCUGUUUGAGAAUGAAGAACUACGCAGGGAGGAAUUUAAUAAAUCCAGAGGAAUGGCGGUUGAUAAGAAACCUGGUACCAAGAAAGAAGAGCCUACAGUCCCCAAGUUGUCAAGUAUUAUCAACAACCCUGAUGGACAUUUGUACAGAAAUGAUGAACAGAUAUGCCUGUGCCUUGAAAGAUAUAGGCCACAGCGUAUUAUGCAUCAUGGGAAGGUUCUGACUUUACGAGCACUAGACAGGAAGUUUCUUCGCUGUUCUAUCAGAGUUUUAGUCUCUCAUCUGAAGGCUAUGCUUUUCAAAAAGCUGGCUAUACCUUCAGAUGUACAGAUUGAGGUAAUCUGUGACAGGGAAAUGCUGUCAGAUGAAGUGUCCAUGAAACAAAUAUUUUUAAUGAACUGGUUUGGCAAGGAAACCCCAAUGGUUUUAUAUUACAGAUUUCGAGAAACUUCGGACAACAGUGUUACGUGA